GUAUCAAGAGAGAGCUGGGAAGCAUCUCAACAGGCACGUUCCUCCCGACGAUCCUGGCCCGGACCCCACCCAAUCUCGCCCACUGCAGCCCAAUCAGCCAGCCCCUUCGAGAUGGCCAGCAAGAGUUUCCAGGACUUCAAGAAACAGGCAGAGGAAGCUGCCCAGGAAGCCGCAAAUGCAGCAGCAAAUGCAGCAUCAGACGCUGCCCAGCAGGCUGUGGACCAGGCUGCAGAGGCAGGACAGAAAGCUGCGGAGCACUUGGUCAAGUCAACCCAGGAGGGCAUUGACAAGACAACAGGUCAGGCUGCAGAAGCCAUUUCAAGCUUUGGGAAGAAAUACGGGUUCCAAAAGUGAUGGUCUAUGGAAAGAAGAAAAGGAGUAACCCUUCUCCCUCCUCAAUCCCCAAUCCCCACCUCUUCCUCAUGGCCUCAAUUUGGAAAUGCCCCAUGGGGCCUGAUCUCUUAUUAAAAUGAAUUCCUCUUAUGUGGAGGGAGAGGAAA